AUGCUGGAAGCCAGGAAAGCACCAGGACCAGAUGGUAAUCCACCAGAAGUACUGAAAACAGACGCAGAGACAACAGAGGACAGGUUGACACCACCAUUACAAGAGGGGAAGGAAAGAGACGUACCUGCCAAGUGGAAGAAGGGCUUCCCU